AUGGCUCAAUCAAUGCUUCCUGCUGAAGUCGUCAUCUCCAUCAUAUUCGGCAUUCUUCAGUUGAUUGUGGGACUCAUUUCUCUUUGGCAACAGCAUUACUUUCGAUGGGCCGCACACGUGGAAAAAGAAGAAACACUUUCUGAUAUUCUGAAAAGUCAGAAUCCUCAAGGCUUGACCAAGUUUGGGUAUGACAGUGUACAAAGAUGA